GUAAGGUUUAUUAAUAAAAGUAUCCGGCUGAAAAAUAUAUCAGUUUACAAGUGCCUGCACGACCGGGUUAGUGUACUCCACACAAGCAUUAUUCUCUGACGAGGAGGAGUCUGGCUUUCUCAGGAGUCUCAGCUACAUCGCUCGGUAUCACCCAGACAGCAUGAAGACAUAUCCGAUCAGCCAAGGGUUCCAAGCACGCUCGUAGCCAAGCCGAGGAUGGGAUUUCAUGCCACUGGAGAGGGGACCACGAUUGUGGAUUGACAGGUUCACUUGACGCCUCUCCUGCUCUGGAGGGGAUGGAGGUAAUCAGGAUGGAAAGGGUUAAUGCGUUUGACAAUUGACAGACAAUUUAAUUAACCUAUUUGAUCAACGGUCUCACUUCUAGCUUUGCUAUACCUAGUGAUUCACCGAAUCCUCCAUGUUCUCACUAUCUCACUGAUUAGCUGAUAGCCUAGCUGAAAAGUGAUCCAAGGGUCACCAGGGAGGGCAGCCCUCCUUCUCUUAAUUGACUCCAUGUGUUCAAGGCAGGAAUUGUUGCAGGGAGGGCAGCUGGACUGAUAUAGCUGAGGGUUGCAGGGAGGGCAGCUGGACUGAUAUAGCUGAGGGUUGCAGGGAGGGCAGCUGGACUGAUAUAGCUGAGGGUUGCAGGGAGGGCAGCUGGACUGAUAUAGCUGAGGGUUGCAGGGAGGGCAGCUGGACUGAUAUACCUGAGGGUUGCAGGGAGGGCAGCUGGACUGAUAUAGCUGAGGGUUGCAGAGAGUGCAGCUGUAAAUAUAGCUGAGGGUUGCAGAGAGUGCAGCUGGACUGAUAUGGCUGAGGGUUGCUGGGAGGGCAGCUGGACUGAUAUAGCUGAGGGUUGCAGGGAGGGCAGCUGGACUGAUUUAGCUGAGGGUUGCAGGGAGGGCAGCUGGACUGAUAUGGCUGAGGAUUGCAGGGGGUUCAGUGGAUAUUUAUGUAGUGGAGGUAUGCAGAGAGUGCAGUUGGUUUGAUUUAGCAGUUGGCUGCACGGUGUCUGCAGAGAGGACAGUUUGGCUGAUGUAGUGGAGGUUUUAUUGUAGUGUGGUUGAAUAUAGAGGAUAUUUGGGUUGUUAUAGCAGAGGUGUGCGGUGAGUGCACUUAGGCUGAUGUAUUGGAUUUUUGCAGUGAGUGUAGUUAGUUUGAUAUCAGGUAAUAUAGUGAAAUGCAGUGGGUACAGUUGGAAUGAUGUAGUGAAAUGCAGUGGGUACAGUUGGAAUGAUAUAGAGGAGGUUUGGUGUUAGAGCAGCUGUAUUGAUAGAACAGACAUUUGCAGUGAGUGCAGAUGUGUUGAGUGGAUUGGGUUAAUACAGGCUUGAGUGCAGCUGAGUUUGUAUAGUGCAAAUCUGCAGUGAGUGUAGUUGAAAUGAUAUAAUGGAAGUUUGCAGUGAGUGUAGUUGGAUUGGUAUAAGGGAUUUGCAGUGAGUGUAGUUGGGUUGGUAUAAGGGGUUUGCAGUGAGUGUAGUUGGGUUGGUAUAAGGGGUUUGCAGUGAGUGUAGUUGGGUUGGUAUAAAGGGUUUGCAGUGAGUGUACUUGGGUUGGUAUAAGAGGUUUGCAGUGAGUGUAGUUGGAUUGGUAUAAGGGAUUUGCAGUGAGUGUAGUUGGGUUGGUAUAAGGGGUUUGCAGUGAGUGUAGUUGGGUUGGUAUAAGGGGUUUGCAGUGAGUGUAGUUGGGUUGGUAUAAGGGGUUUGCAGUGAGUGUAGUUGGGUUGGUAUAAGGGGUUUGCAGUGAGUGUAGUUGGGUUGGUAUAAGGGGUUUGCAGUGAGUGUAGUUGGGUUGGUAUAAGGGGUUUGCAGUGAGUGUAUUUGGGUUGGUAUAAGGGGUUUGCAGUGAGUGUAGUUGGGUUGGUAUAAGGGGUUUGCAGUGAGUGUAGUUGGGUUGGUAUAAGGGGUUUGCAGUGAGUGUAGUUGGGUUGGUAUAAGGGGUUUGCAGUGAGUGUAGUUGGGUUGGUAUAAGGGGUUUGCAGUGAGUGUAGUUGGGUUGGUAUAAGGGGUUUGCAGUGAGUGUAGUUGGGUUGGUAUAAGGGGUUUGCAGUGAGUGUAGUUGGGUUGGUAUAAGGGGUUUGCAGUGAGUGUAGUUGGGUUGGUAUAAGGGGUUUGCAGUGAGUGUAGUUGGGUUGGUAUAAGGGGUUUGCAGUGAGUGUACUUGGGUUGGUAUAAGGGGUUUGCAGUGAGUGUAGUUGAAAUGAUAUAAUGGAAGUUUGCAGUAAGUGUAGUUCAGAUAAUUUUAUGGAUGGUUUGUAGAGGUCGUGUCUCCUGAUUUAAUAUAAAAUGAUUCAGCCUGAUCUGCCACAUUAAGUUCUGUGGAAAGAUAAUGAGAUACUAGCAAACUGCAAUUGAAAGUUUUUAUUAUUUUGUAAUGUUAUUACAAGGUGGCAAUAAAGAGAUCUUAACAGAGUAUUUUAGUCUGUGACAUUUCCGACUAUUCUCGGUGUUCGCAGCAAUAAAGGAAUUAAUCUGAAAUGUACAAACAUUGCACUUGUUGAAGCGAUGCAGUCAUUCCAAGCUUCAUACAGGCUGGAGACUUCUAUUCAAUUGCAUUCCGUGCAGAGCACUGCCACUCACUGCAGAGCAAUGCCACUCUGUGCAGAGCACUGUCACUCACUGCAGAGCAAUGCCACUCUGUGCAGAGCACUGUCACUCACUGCAGAGCACUGUCAUUCACUGCAGAGCAAUGCCACUUGAUGCGGAGCACUGUCACUCACUGCAGAGCACUGUCAUUCACUGCAGAGCAAUGUCACUCAAUGCAGAGCACUGUCGAUAACUGCAUAACUGCAGUGCAAUGUCACUCAAUGCAGAGCACUGUCACUCACUGCAGUGCAAUGUCACUCAAUGCAAAACAAUGCCACUCAAUGCAGAGUACUAUCACUCACUGCAGAGAAAAGCCACUCACUGCAGUGUAAUGCCACUCAAUGCAGUACAAUGCCACUUAAUGCAGAGCAAUACCACUCAAUACCGAGCACUGUCACUCACUGCAGUGCAAUGCCACUUAAUGCUGAGCACUGUCACUCACUGCAGAGCAAUCCCACUCACUGCAGAGCAAUGCCACUCACUGCAGAGCAUUAUCACUCACUGCAGAGAAAAGCCACUCAAUGCAGUGUAUUAUCACUCACUGCAGAGAAAAGCCACUCAAUGCAGUGUAAUGCCACUCAAUGCAGUACAAUGCCACUUAAUGCAGAGCAAUACCACUCAAUACAGAGCAAUGCCACUCACUGCAGAGAAAAGCCACUCAAUGCAGUGCACUAUCACGUAAUGUAGAGCUCUUGCACUCACUACAGUGCAAUGCAACUCAAUCCAGAGCUCUAGCACUCAACGCAGAGCAAUGCCACUAAAUGCAGAGCACCGGCACUCACUGCAGAGCAAUGCCACUCACUGCAGAGAAAAGCCACUCAAUGCAGUGCACUAUCACGUAAUGUAGAGCUCUUGCACUCACUACAGUGCAAUGCAACUCAAUCCAGAGCUCUAGCACUCAACGCAGCAAUGCCACUAAAUGCAGAGCACCGGCACUCACUGCAGAGCAAUGCCACUCACUGCAGAGAAAAGCCACUCAAUGCAGUGCACUAUCACGUAAUGUAGAGCUCUUGCACUCACUACAGUGCAAUGCAACUCAAUCCAGAGCUCUAGCACUCAAAGCAGAGCAAUGCCACUAAAUGCAGAGCACCGGCACUCACUGCAGAGCAAUGCCACUCAAUGUGGAGCACCGGCACUCACUGCAGAGCAAUGCCACUUAAUGCUGAGCACUGGCACUUCACUGCACAGCAAUGUCACUCAAUUCAGAGCAAUGUCACUCAAUGCAGAGCAAUGUCACUCAAUGCAGAGCUUUGUCACUCAGUGCAGAGCAGUGUCACUCAGUACAGAGCACUGUCACUCACUGAAGAGCAAUGUCACUCAAUGCAGAGCACUUGUGUCUGCAGAGCAUUGCCAGAAGCUAGGCAUUGUAACUGAAUAUUGAAUAGUGCCACUAAAAUAAAGCAUCUAAUGGGGAGCAGUGCCACAACACAGAGCUGUGCCAACGAGUGCAUUAUCAGUUAGUAAAUACAGUGCUGCUGGUGAAUGCAUCGCAAUAUCACAAAAUACAGAGCAUGUCCAGUUAGUGCAGAGCAAUAUCCCUUAUUUCACUUAGGUAAUGCAGAGUAUUCCGAUUAAACACAGAGCCCUGUUAUAUGAUGCAGGACAGUUUUAUAAAAUUAUAGGCACGGCCAUUAAUGCAAAGUUAUGCCACUAUUGUGACGCAAUACAGAGCAAUAUCGCUCAAUCCAGAGAUUUCAAUCAAUGCAGAGCAAUAUCGCUCAACACAGAGAUUUCAAUCAAUGCAGAGCAUUGUCAUUUCAUGAAAGACGGCCACUCGAUACAGAGCCUUGUCAUGCAAUGCGUUACAUUAACAUUCAUUGCAAAGCAGUAUUAUGCAAUUAAAAAAAAAUAUUUAAAACGUAGCAUAGCAUUAUCAUGCAGUACAUAGUAAUGUUUCUGAUUGCGUAACAGUGUCUCUUAAUACAAAGUCAUUAAAUGCGAAGCACUGGCAAUGAUGCAGUUAUCAUGCAAUAAGUGUGACAACCACUGCAAACGAUGGCUAAGAAAAAAGAAUUGGCAUUUAAUGCAGAGCAUUGCCAGUCAAUGCAAAACAAUACCACUCCUUGGAGAUCUCUGACACUCUGUGCCGAGUGCUGUCAAUCAACAAGAUUUUUGUCACCUAAUACAGAGCAUUGUCACUUAAUGGAGAGUUUGAAAUUUCAUUCAGGAUGUUCUGUGCAGAGCAUUAUCACUCAAUACAAACUGCUGUCACUCAAUACAGAGCUAGUUGAGUUAUCCAGCAGAGCAGUGACAGCAAAUCUGAGAAUUCUGACUGUAUCUCCCAUCACUUCUCAAAAUAGCAGUAGCCUACACAAUGAGUGAUGAGAUUUUUAGUGUAAAAAAAGGUCUUUAAGCCAAAGAUCUUGCCUUAUAAUAUAAGACUUUCUCUGAAAGGCAUACUCACACAACUAAGCAAUCGUGCACACUCACUCAAAUUGAACUGAGCUUACUUGAGAAGAACCAAUCUCUUUUAACACCUUCACGAUGAGAGUUUUGAUAAACCUCUUUAUAUCAUGUUGGCAAAUAUGGCACAUUGGCUGCCCUGAAGAAGUUAAAGAAGACCACUACAAACUGUUAAACUGGGGUAUCCACACUCAUCAGUCGAAGGCACUCAUGCCAACAUACCCAUUGUGCAUAGCUUCACUCACCAAUUGAAAGUAGACGUAUUCCCAUACUCAUGGACGAACCCAUCCUUAUUAGCUGUAGCUACUGUUGCUCUCAUACUCAUAGAGGUGCCCAUCUUCAUCAGAUGGACAUACCCAUAGUCACAGAGGUGCCCAUCUUCAUCAGAGGGACAUACCCAUACUCAUAGAGGUGCCCAUCUUCAUCAGAGGGACAUACCCAUACUCAUAGAGGUGCCCAUCUUCAUCAGAUGGACAUACCCAUACUCAAAGAGGUGCCAUUCCUCACCAAAUGGAAAUCCGUAUACACAACUACUGAAGGUACACAGAAACGCCUGCUACUAUGUGGGCAAACAUACUCAUGUUGGCCCCAUCCUCAUGAGCUAGAUGUUCCAAUAUGCAUUGGUUGGAGGUACUCAUACACACCUAAGUGUGAUAUGUGCUAACAAAGAGCAUUGGUCACUAGAAUGCAAUAUCACUCAGGUUCUUCUUACUCACCAAAACGUCGCCUCUCAUGAUUUAAAAGGAGCGUAUUCCAUUAGACCCUGUAAUUCCAGGAUUACUCAAUGGAAUGCAGCCUAAUUUAUAAGAAAGGAGCCAAUCACCCAUUUUAGAAUGCCCCUGAGAAGGCAGUCAGACCUCAUUGUUGGAAUAUAUUCUCAUUUUAGAAGAAGCAAGCGAUCCCCCCUCAUUAGAAUGCACCUGUACACAUCGAAAAGCAGUCACUUACCCUUACUAGCUGCUGCAUAUUGGAGUGAAACACAGGCAAUGAGAAGGCCCUCAAAUAAAGAACCCACCAGUCCAAGAUAUAUUAUUCACAUUGUGAAUCCAGUAGAACAAACAAGUACUGAGCACAAAAUCAGGAGUGUGGUCCAAGGCAGGUUUAUUGAAGAAAUAAAGACAAAGUUUCAGUGUGAAUAUGAGCUGAAACUUAUUUAUUUCUUCAAUCAUCCUCCCUUGGACCACACUCCUGAUUUUGUGCCCAGUGCUUUUUUAUACUGUUGGAUUCAUGAGUUGCAUAUUAGAAAGUCUGUAGCAUAUAAUGUAUUGGAAGUUGUCUAUCCUAUGUGAAAAUAAGCAAAGUUACCUAUUUGAAGAUAUCCUCUUGUCUGCUAUAACUUGAUAGAUUUCAGUUAUUCUGUAUGUAAAGUCCAUGGAAAGCAAAUUAAUAAGAUACAUUUCUUUUACCCUCAGGAAAUGAAAUGAGGAUUUUUCCAUGAAUACCACAUUAUCGCUUUUCCAACUCAGGGUAUCGCUGUGCUACAUUGAGACUUCAAUAUGUCUUUCCACGAAGAACCUCAAAGCAGAUCAUUCCUGACCACAGAUUUGCCCUUUAAGACCAACCUCACAAACUUUCUCAAUUCCACUUGGGAGGCGCCUACUGCCGCUAACUCCACAGAGAACAUAGUAGUCACAUAUACCAUUGGGGUAAUCUUGUCCCUAAUGUGUAUAGUAGGAGUGGUUGGAAAUGUCUAUACUUUAGUGGUGAUGUGCCAAUCAAUGCGAACUGCAGCUUCCAUGUAUGUCUACAUCAUAAACCUUGCUCUUGCUGAUCUCCUUUAUCUGCUCACCAUCCCAUUUAUAGUGGGCACCUACUUCAUGCAGGAGUGGUACUUUGGAGACAUUGGCUGCCGUGUACUCUUCAGCUUGGACUUCUUAACCAUGCAUGCCAGUAUCUUCACCCUCACUAUCAUGAGCACCGAACGUUACUUUGCAGUGCUCAACCCUUUGGGAUCUAUAAAGAGGUCAAAGAGCUACAGGAAAGGCAUCACAUUUGGAGUCUGGAUGGUUUCUCUUGUGAUAACAUUGCCAAUGCUUAUCAUGAUUAAGUUGGUUGAAAAGGACAAUAAGAAUAUAUGCCUACCUACAUGGAGCAGGAUGUCCUAUAAGGUUUAUAUCACUGUACUCUUUUGCACAAGUAUAGUGGGUCCAGGACUUGUCAUUGGUUUCUUGUAUAUUAGAUUGGCUAUAACUUACUGGUUGUCCCAAACAGAGUCCUUUAAAGACACCAAGAGAUUGCCAAAUAAUAAGGUACUCUAUCUCAUCUUUUCUAUAGUUCUGGUCUUCUGGGCCUGUUUCCUACCAUUCUGGAUUUGGCAACUCCUCACCCAAUACUCUGAAUCUCUGUCAAUCUCCCCAAAAGCAGCGAGGAACAUUAAUUACCUGACGACAUGUCUCACCUACAGUAACAGUUGUAUCAACCCUUUCCUCUAUACUCUACUGACCAAGAACUACAAGGAUUAUGCCAAGGGUAACCAUACUACGAAGAAAACCAGCAGCAGACAUAUAAGGAGCCAAUUCCAUAGGCUCUCCGGGAGGUCAAUGUCCACCAGUAGCCAAAUGUGUACAGAGACAUUCACCCUGGUGCAGGGCACUGCAAGCCACAACAAUGCCAGAGACUGUGCAGGGGAGACUUAAAAAAAUGAUAAAUAGGACUGUCAUUUCCAUGAUGUAUUUGGUAUGCUGACAACUACAUUACAUGGUAAAGAAGGGACUGUGUACUAGGAUGGCACAAACUGGAUCAGUGGUGACUAGUAAAAUAAAUCUUAAUCUUCACUAAACUAUAAAUUCUGGAGAAUUGGCGAGGGAAAAGUAAUCCAUUUUGUGGUCUAUUCUCUAAAAUUCACUGCUGAAUAUAUCAGCUAAAAUAGCCUACAAACGUCUAACAUAUAAACAGUGCUAAGAAAUCAUAUUGAAGAAGACAACCAUUGGUAAUUCAGUAGACUACAUCUCCCUCUUCCUCGGCCAGCUCUCAGUAAUACUAGGUUAUGUAUACAUUCAAACUAGAUGAAUGGAGUUGCAGUCCACUUGAGCUGAUGGUUGCUUCGCUACUGGGUUAAAAAAAAGAAAAAGAAAAACACAACACAAACAAACGCACACAUAACCAUCUCAUUCCCCAUAAAAUGAGUUUUAAUGUCUACUAUUAGCAUCUGUGUAAAUAGGUUUGUGACUGAAAUAAAUAUGACUGUUUAUGAUGACACAUGGCUAUUCACUACAAAGUGUGAAUUGUUGGGACUUCAAUGUAUGAAUUUAAACUUGUAUCCCAGAAUUCCUGAAUUGGAUAAAUAAAUUCAGAUUUCAGUUCUGCUAAAAUUCCCUUUAAAUUCAUAAUGACUUACCAACAUUUUCCGCUGUAUUGAAUCGAUCAUAUUUUUAAAAGCACAGAGGCAACUAGCCAUGAAAAUUUUUGAAACGCACCAUUUUGUCCACCUUUAGUACACACCCCUCUAGGUGUCCGUUUUGUGCCCCAUUGUAUUUAAGAUGCACUUUCUGCUGUAAGAAAUGGUGAUACAAAUUACCUCGCUAAGGCAUGUCAAUCUGCUCAAACUUCCUUUAAAAGUUUGAUCCUUGAAUUGGUCUCAAGAUUCUGAUUUCUGUGAUAUACUUCCACGAAUUAUUGGGUUUUGACGGCAAUAUCUUUAACAGGCCCCAGUAACCUGCAUUACAUGUGGAUGGUGAUGGUAAUAUAUUGAUACACUAAACUAGCAGAAUUGGCAGUAGAAUAAGGACCAGAAGUUAGCUAGGAAAUUGAAUUCCUGAUUCUUAUUUUAACCUUCAAGAAAAAUGCCAUCCACAUGUCUCACAGCUGGGCUGAGAUGGUGCCUUUGUCGCACUGCCUACCAGCUCAAAACAUAU